ACAAUAAAUGAUGGCUUACAGUCCCACACAUCAUCCUCUGUGUGCCGGCAUGUACAGCUGCAAAUUAGCGAACUGUGAGCCAGCUUUUUACAGCUUGAGAGGGAGACAACAGUGCACAGUUUGGAUCAGCAACUCACGUGGCUUAUCUCCAUGUCCAGUAGAUCUCCCAAGCACCAGUUACAGUGAGGUCAUCAUCAGGCAUGGUUCAGGAUAAUGUCAAAGUGAUAAAAAAACAUGAUAUUUGAAUUGAUAUUUGAACAAUCUGGUAAAGUCCCUGCUUCAUUUGACUAACAACUUGGUGAUGUGCAGAACAUGCUGUUAGCGGGGUUAGAAUCUGCUGAUAGGAAAGAUGGCACAACUUGACUUUUACCAUACACUAAAUGAAUGUAAUCACAACUCAGAGUGUUGCCAUGUAUAAUCAUCUGCAUGUUUUGGUUUAGACCUGUCCUGAUUGACUCUAUUCCUAUAGAAAUAUGAAAACAAAUCACCUUUUCAGGCAUUUUCAUGAAACCAAAUGUAAAUGCUGUACACCUGUGCAACAACUUUUUGCCAGAUUUUUUUCUGAUUUAUUUCCUUUCUCCAUUUAUAUCUUACUUUGAAAAGAAAUGGAUAUCUGAUGCAAGAUCAUAAGAAAUACUCCAUCCAUCCUUCCAUCUUCAGAACCUUCUGAAUCCUUUUUGGGGUCGUGGGGUUUCAGGACUUUUGUCUGUUCCACACACGUGCACACCUAGGGCCAAUUAAGAGACACCAAUCAAUCAAUGAGGCAUUUUUCUGGACCGUUGGAGGAAGCUGGAGUGCUGGAGAACAUGCAAACUCCACACAGAAAAAUCCCAGCUGGGAGGAGACAGCGCCACCAUGCACCCACUACAAAACCAAUGACAUUAAGAUAUUUCACUGUCUUUUAAUUAUAUUAUUGCUCAAUAUUAGGGCAAAAUCACUUAAUUUUUUUAAAAUAAAUUCAGGUAAAAGAUACAUUCUAAAUAAAAAAAAACCAAACAAAUGAACUGCUGUAUCAAAAAAAUAAUCAAGUUACUUUUCUCAAGCCUGAAGACAAAAUGUUAACAUAGUUUGUGUUUCAGUCAAGAAUAUAAUUUAAAAAGAAUAAAAACUAAUUAGAAAGCCUUAAAAAAACAAAGAAAUCAUGAAGUGAAUCAUGGCAUGAAUCAACCAUCAAACUCUGAGGGCCACAGACUUUAUCUAUAGUGCUGACUAAUGUGAAAUACUGAGAUAGUGGAAUGACCAGGACGACCCCCACCCCCCCACCCACGACUCGAAUGCUGGACUCUGAUUGGCCAGUGUGCUGAAUCCAUAACAUGCAGCGCUCCUAUAUAAAUGCAGACUUAACAUCGGUGCGAUCCGCCGUGCAAGUCAUGAGGAUAGAGAGGAGUAGACAGUAGAACGGGGGUGUGGGGGGGAAGAACCGUACUUGUUCCAGCCUGCAGUUUGUUCUGCAGGAGCUUCUUGGAGCGCUGUUCCGAUGAGCUGCGCUUUCCUCCGUUCAGUUGCAUGAUCUGCUGCGCUGCUGAGAGGACGAUGCCUUUGAGGAGCGGACUUUUCCUGCUGAUGGUGCUGAGUGCAUCUGCACAUGAGCUAGAUCAGAACGAGUCCUCUUCGCCCAGGAGGGCACGCUUCCCUGCCAACAGCCCUUAUGUGGCACGCUGUCUCAACAGUGCACUCCAAGUUGGCUGCGGAGCCUUCGCCUGCCUGGAAAACUCAACUUGUGACACAGAUGGCAUGCAUGACAUUUGCAAGUCCUUCCUGUACAGUGCUGCUAAAUUUGACACUCAGGGUAAAGCGUUUGUGAAGGAGAGCCUUAAAUGCAUCGCAAAUGGCAUCACCUCCAAGGCAUUCGCCACCAUCCGCCGCUGCUCCACCUUCCAAAGAAUGAUCACCGAAGUUCAGGAGGAGUGCUACAGCAAGCUGGAUAUCUGCACUGUUGCCCGAUCUAACCCAGAUGCCAUUGGAGAAGUGGCACAGCUGCCAAGUCACUUCCCCAACAAGUUUUAUGGGAAGCUUCUGCAGAGCCUGAUGGACUGUGACGAGGACACAGUGGAUCGCAUUAGGACCAGCAUGGUGUCGAGGCUGGGCCCUGAGAUGACCAUGCUUCUUCAGCUGCUGCAAAACAAGCGCUGCCCAUCCACUGCUGUGGCUGCAGCUGCUGCCAUCCCGACUGGGGCGGAGGGCCGUGGGAGCUGGCGCUGGUCCACGGGUCCCCAUAUGUACAAAAUUCAGCCUAAUCUGCGAAACAGAGACACUGCCGGUCACUUGGGCAAAAAGCGCUCGUCCAGUGACAGCUCCUAACUUGUGCUCAAAUUGAAUAAAACUCCCGGCACUACUCAAAACAUCCAAAAAAAGAAAAAAAGCUCCGCCAUUCCCUUGGGGUGAUAAAUCUUUUUUCCUACUAUACUGGAAAUUACUGAAAUAUGCACCACAAGGGAAUGCCUCUCCCUCCGUAUAAUUGAUAUCAGUUUGAUUCUUGUUAUAUUAUAUAUCCUACCCACUAGACUUGAGACAAACCUUCCGCCAUGAAUUUGUUUUUUCCUAAAUUUUUCACGUCGCGGUCAGUGUUGAACACAAGGCUGUCGCAUCUGGAAAAUCCUACAACACAUCCUACAACAGACGUAGAUCUUUUAAUGCCAAGUUAAAAAAAAGAAUGUAAAAAAUAAAACAAAAAAAGAAAGGGAGCGCAUUAAGAGACAAAAGCCCCUUUUUAUUCCUUUUAUUUGUUCAGAAAUAGAUGUCGGAAUCUAAUUUUUAAAAAUGAUAUCCUUUUGUUUUUGGAAAUGACUCCAGUCAAGUUUUGAGCAUUAGAAAAAUGUUGUACUGUAGCGCAAACUUAACUCUUAACUGUACUGUAUCCUAUGUCAUCAGAAGCAGCCAUAGCCUGCCCUCUGAACAGUGCUCACAUAGGUUGUGUCCGAAUUCCUUCACUACUUAGUGCGUUGCGUUUGCCAUUUUGAGGUGCUGUUUGAAUCUACAAUUCCAAAAUUCAAAAAUUUCUCAGAAAUCUCUGCGAUAAACUAGUGUGGAUUGACGCUCACUGGAUUGACAAAUAUUAACCACGAUGCAUUGCUUUUAGACACUUGUUCAUUUGAAAAGAAAGUAAGGUGUAAAAGGCGUUUGACCUCGUUCCCCGUGGUGUCAUGUGGAGGGUGCUCUAGGAAUACGGGGUCCAGGGAGCCUUACUGAGGGCUGUCCAGUCUCUGUAUGACCGGGGCGGGACCUUGGUUCGCAUAUCUGGCAGUUAGUCAGACCUGUUCCCGGGUCAGCACCGCUGAGUCUGAGGCCAUGGUUCUUGACCGGAGAAAGGUAGUUUGCCCUCUCUCGGUGGGUGGAGUGCUCCUGCCUCAGGUGGAGGAGUUUAAAUAUCUUGGGGUUUUGUUCACGAGUGAGGGAAGAUCGGAGCGUGAGACCGAAAGGCGAAGUGGAGCGGCUGCAGCAAUCCAUUGUGGUGAAGUGGGAGCUGAACCAGAAAGCAAAGCUCUCAAUUUACCGGUCGAUCUUCGUUCCAAUACUCACCUCUGGUCAUGAGCUCUGGGUCGUGCCCGAAAAAAUAAGAUCCUGACUACAAGCGGCUAAAAUAAUCUUCCUCCGGAAAGUGGCUAGGCACUCCUUAGAGAUAGGGUGAGAAGCUCAGUAACCUGGAGAGAGCUUGGAGUAGAGCCGCUUCUCCUCCAUAUCUAGAGGAGCCAGUCGAGGCAUCUGUUUCAGAUGGCUCUGGAGCCCUCCCUGGGGAGGUUUUCCGGGCAUGUCCCACUGAGUGGAUGCCCCAAUAAAGACCCAGGACACACUUGAGAGACUACGUCUCUAGGCUGGCCUGGGUAACGUCUCACAGUCCCUCCAGAGGAGCUGGAGGAAGUGACUGGGGAGAGGGAAGUCUGGUCAUCUUUGCUAAGACUGCUGCCCCCGCAAUCCGGUCCCAGAUGAGUGGAAGAAGAUGGAUGGAUGGAAACAAAAGUAAUUUAAUUUUUAUAAAUCGUCCAAGUUUUCGCCAUCUUCAUAAAAUGCUUGAAUUUAUUCGGUUUUUACUUUGAGAAAUCGGUGAAGUCACAUUUGCUGUUAAAAAGAAAUGAUCAUAGUGUCUGAGUUUCUUUUAAAAUCCAGAGCACGAUUUCAUUAGUAGUUAUGGAGUGUGGAGGUAAUUCGGACACAGCCAUAGUGCGAGGUCUGUGGAGGUUUCAUGACAGCCUUUGAAAGGUAUCCUUGAACUGACCAAAAAAAAAAAAGAAAAAAAAAAAAAGAACCUUCAAAACUGCCCGAAUGCUAUUCAUGGAAUACCAAACUUGUGUAUAGCUUUAGCACUUAGAUUUAUUUAUUUUUGUCCUAAAAGAUGUGUUUCAAAUGAUCAAUCUGCACAGAAGGAAUGUCAAGAUUAUGGUUGCAUCGAUGGGGGGAAAACAACAUUUGCGACGCAUAGACAGUUGAGUUCUACAGAAUAUGAGGCGGUUGAAUCCACUCCAGAGAGGGAAGCAGUCAUGUAGUAGCUGAUGAAUCUCUGAGGUGAAUCAUGUGACAUACACACUGACUCCCUGUGUCAAGAUAGAGAAUGACUAUUUAAAAAAAAGCCUUGUUUGAAUGAUAUUUAUUUUCCUACUAUAUUAUUUAAUGUUUUUAUUAUAAUUUGAAUGCAUUACUGUAGUUUUCAUUAGGUUAAAAAAACUGUUUAGUCAAGGCUCCUAGCUGAACAAGAGCUUUAUGCCAAAAAAAAAAAGAAGAAUAUGAGAAAAAUGGGAGCUGUUGCUCAGGUGACUGAAUGCGACCCAUGUCAUGACUCUGUGCUGGCCAUAGGGGAACACGGUUGAUUCAGGUCAGAUGAUCUUCGUUGCAGGUGUUACAAGGGACCACAAGAAAAGCUAUCUUUGUUUGACACUUUUGGAUUUUAUUUUAUUUUUUUUAUAUUCAGUCAUUGUUGCUUCUACUUGAAGCUCAUGUUAAGGGGAGGUUAGGCAUCUUAGUUAAGACUGGUCAGAUAUAAUGAGAGGGAAAGUAAACACUAGUAUCAAGCAUUCUGCAGCAUUUUAUUGUGGCUCUCUUAUUAUUUCAUUUAAUUCAUAGAAAUGGCUCUAAUGUAUUGCUUAUGUGCAAAAAAAAACUAAUUAUUUUGACUUUUUGAGCAUUUCUCUCUUGGAGGAAGACAAUCAUUCAAAAUCAUUAGGUUAGUGCUGAGUCAUGCAUACUAGAGAAAGGGUCGUUUUACUUUUACAGAAAUUCUGACAAUGUGGAAGUCAGUGAGUUCAGGCUGGUUUAAAGGAGACACAAAUGUUAAUGUGCGUACAGAGGUGAACUUUCAGAGCUGGGUUUAGGUCACACAUCCCCUCAUCUGAAAACUCAAAGCCUGCAAAUUGCUUUUUUUUUUUCAUAAAGCAUCUUUAUGACAACACAGCAGCUAUUUACUACAUCGAUUUUAUUUCUUUGACUUUAUGAAAGGAAAUGACCCCAAUCCCCUUUGAAGUGAAUUUGUCCUGGAUUUCUUGGAAUGAAGCACAGAGCAGAGUUCUAUUUUUCUGUGUCAGUUUAAGAGCUAUGUUAAGAAUUCCAAACUAUGCAAUAGUCGCACACAAAGGAUUUACAGCAACACAGAAACUGACCUUUAUUUCAUUCAGCGCCAGCUGAUGCUGCGUGAAUAAAAGUAGCAGCGUGUGUGCUUUCAUGCUGCACUCACAGUGUGAAGGCAUCACUCCUGUAUCACUCUGUCAUUUUCAUUCUUCUAAAGCUGUGUUUCUAUGGUUCUGUGAAUAGAAUUGCUUCGUUUGUGCCAUGCAGCAUAAAGGGAGAGACUUUCUGAAGGAAUUACUGAGGAAGUAAAGAGCUAUAGCGACACUGUAGUACAUCCUAGCGUAUAUAUUUUUUUGUUGAUAUGCAUUUUAACCACUAUAAAAAGGGCAUUGAAACAUUCAGCACAUUUUAUUUUACCUGGUAAAUAGAGAGGAGCUGGAAUAUUUCAUAACUAGAAAGUUCAAGGAUUUUUCUUUUUUUUGUAUUGAUACAUUUGUCUGUAUCUUUGUUGUCCAUGGUUACAUCCAAAUCUCAACAGUUGCUGCUAAACUCUACCCACCCUGUGUGAUGCUGCCUGUCUGCUGCGGCCGCUCUGAUCCAUCAACGUGCAGAGAGCUCAGCAUCAUUCCACAACUCCAUUUAAACAUCCAAAUGUUGAUCCGUUUGCUUUUUUGUUUUUAUUUUUUUUUAUUUCUGUGAUUAUUCACA